AUGACUAAAUGAUACGAUAAAAUGUUAGACUUUAAGCCUUGAACCCCUCGUUCAAAUGGUUGAGCUUAUAUUUACGAAAUGUAUUUUGCAUCAGUUUAGAAGAUGUCGUCUGAUGUAUUGUCAGAUAAGAAUAAAUUUUCGGAUAGUUAACAAGUGGAAUAUAUCAGACGUAUUUGAACCGUGGGCUUGUUUCAAGUAUCAUGGCGAAUGACUUCCUUAUCUCAAAGUGGAAGCGAUGGUUCAGUUUAUUUGAUGGCAAUAAUGAUGGCAAAGUUUGCUAUGCAGACAUGGAGAAAGCCAGAGAUAAAUUUACAAAGCAACAUGAGUUGAAAGAUGACGAAAAGAAGGAAAUAAGUGAGAAAUUCACGAAAUGGUGGUGCGAAUAUGUGAACUGGGGAAAAGAAGAAUUGACGGUGGACGAGUUUGCAGAAUACCAAAAUGCUGCAUUUAAAGCCGACAAAGAAAAGUUUGUUGAGCGAAUUAAAAAGUGUCAAGCUGAGAUUGGUGACUUUGUAGACGUCGCGCACGAUGGUUUUGUUUCUGAAAAGGAAGCUUUGGCAAUCCUCAAGGCGGAGGGGCACGAGGACGAAGAGAAGGAUAAGAGGUUUUAUGCGCAUUUUUCACCAGUUGAUCGAAAAAUUCCUUUAGACAGACUGAAGGGCUACUGGAUCCAUUACCUGACAAGUGAAGAUAGCUCACUUCCAGACCCGGUUCAACGAGCAAUGGAAGAGGGCUUGUAAAUAAAUACAUGUAACAAUACCAAAUUGCUUUUUGAAGUUUUGUGUGUAUACUUUUCUUAUAAAUUGACUCGCAUUAACAUACGAUAAGAGGUGUGUCUUCUUAAAAUGCUACCGUACUUGUGAAAUAAAAGCAUCAAAUCUGUU